AGUCAUUUCCUUUGGUAUUCGGACUUCGUUGGUCGCGCGGUAUGUUAAUUAAAAGAAUCGGUUCAUAAGAAUCAUACAUUGAGCAAUCAGACUGCAUUAUUCGCCCUGAAUGCUUUCGACUCACUAAAUGAAAUUUCUCUCUUAAUGCCACAAUAUUAAAUAUGACCGAGGCACUGUGACUCAAUACUUUCAUUUUAUACUCUCAAGGUUGUCUCCUGCUUGCAGUAGCCACACUCCACUUCAGUUGGUGGCGGUAACGCUCAGUGAACUGGAUUGAAAAAGCAAAUAGGAAGAAGCGUUUGGUCAGCUGACCGCUAAUGUAGAGGAGGCAGUCGUUAUACAUGCUGCGGAGGUUUUGCAAACGAUAGUGAAAAUUACUGAAUCCAUAAGUAUUUUGUGAAAGAUUUCGUCUUUGUCAGGUCAUUGUCUUUUAAGAAUGCCAACACAAAAGGAUGUUGCCGUGUUUACUCUGCUCUAAGCAGAGACUAUGUUGAGACUGCCUGGUUUAUUUAAUGUUGUACGCAGGGCUUUCUGUGACGCCGCAGAAGAGAUGGGCAAGAAAGGAAACUUUUUCUACGCUGUGAGGAAAGGAUUUAGACCAGGAGUAUACCAAACAUGGGAGGAAUGUAAACAUCAGGUGGAUAAGUUUCCCUCUGCGAGUUUUAAGAAGUUCGCUUCUGAACAGGAUGCUUGGGCCUUUGUGAGGAGCCAGUCAGCAGCAGCAGCAUCAUCAUCUUUUGAGAGACCAAAGGGUAAUUUAAAAGGAUGUGACUAUGAGGUCCUGCCUUCUAGAAAUGUGCCUGAUGCCUCAAUGGCUGUUCCCCUUGGAAGUAAAAGGACAUAUCAGGAUUCGCAUGAUGAUGAUGAUGAGGGACUGUCCUGUCCAAAACGAGUGAAAUUCACUGAGGUCCCACAGCCAAAGACAGCUGCAGCCAGUAGUGAUGGAUUUACAUAUAUGGGUGAUGCUGUAGUAGUAUACACUGAUGGCUGCUGCACAGCCAAUGGGAGAAAAGGAGCGCGGGCAGGAAUUGGUGUAUAUUGGGGUCGUGAUCAUCCACUUAAUGUGGCUGAUAGGCUUCCAGGAAGACAGACCAAUCAAAGAGCAGAACUGCAGGCUGCUUGCAAGGCACUUGAGCAAGCCAGAGAAAAUAAUUUAAAAAAGGUUGUGCUAUACACGGACAGCAAGUUCACCAUUAAUGGCGUUACAAGUUGGGUUAAGACUUGGAAGUCUAAUGGCUGGAGGCUUAAAGGUGGUGGGGCCAUAGUCAACAAGGACGACUUCCAAAAGCUGGAUGAAUUAAAUGCAAAACUUGAGGUCGUAUGGAUGCACAUUCCAGGUCAUGCUGGCUAUACAGGCAAUGAGGAAGCAGACAGACUGUCCAGGGAGGGAGCAGCAAAGCCCCUGUGCCAGUAUCAUUCUACAUGGUUGAGACACCCACCUGGUGGUCUGCUGUUUGCAAGGGCAAGGCCUGCCCGCAGAGAGGGGCUUGACAAGGUGAGCUCCAGCACUGCGGCACUCUGCAGCUUUCAUUCUCGUUCUCUCUCACUCCACCCUCCCUAUCUCUCAGACAGUACACCUGCUUAGGAGCUCUCCAAAACCCUACACUGAGAUACCACCAUAGCUAGAGUUUAAUAAGCACUGCAUCGUCUUAUAUGCGUAUCGAAACACAAAGUCCUUGACCCAAAUAGUGCAGAUGGCCGUGCUCUGAACUGCCACUUAAAUCAGUGAGCUCAGGAGAGUCUGCCGUGUCGCCUGGCCUUCAGGCUGCCUCAGACUGUGUGCGUAUGAGACUGACUCAUCAAGCUACCAGAGAACUCAAUUUAAUCCCACAGCAGGAGAUUCAUUCUCUUAAAGCUGAAGUUCCCCAUCACGUGCUCGCUGAUGAGGCGGCCGCAGCACCUCCUCACACGUAACCAAAGUGAGCCAGCCGUGCUGGAUUUUUAAUGAUACAUUUGUCAAGCAGCUACCGAGCAAUAUUUUCAGCAUUUGUAAGGAGAAAAACAAAAGGAACAUCUGUGUCUCC